AUGAAUGAGAUUGAAACCAAACCUGAAUCUGAUGUUCAACGCCGUUCUGCCACCGCCGGCCUAUCAAAUUCCCCGAUUAUCAACAAUGACAACGACCUUCAGCCUGGGGAGAAUAACCUCCGUGAUUCUGAUACUGAAGCUGCCCGGAGGACCGUUAAUGAAUCUGAUUUAAGCGGCGGAUCAUCGGAGUCGUCCCAGGCUACCGGCAUCGACGAGGAGGAGGAGGAGGAGGAGGAGGAUUACCUUGCAGCGGUUGCUGCAGCACAAGCUGACGUCGGCCCUAGCGUGUUUACCAAUGACCCUGUCAUGGGCAAUGAAUUCCUCUAUUGUGAUGUCUACUUCUCUGAUUCGGAUGAUGAUGAAACAUUUUACGCCAAAGUUAUGAAGGGAGAAGAAAAGGGAACGGAGGAGGAGGAGGCUGCUAAGAAGAAGUUUUAUCUAAGGAAGAAUACUCUAACUUCAGGGAAGAAGUGAGCUCUUGUGGGUGAUGAAGACUUCUGGAAAAAUUGAACAUGUAGGUAGGAUGGUGGUUUUUGUUGCUUAUGAAGGCUACUGGGAAAAUGGUGUUUGGUAAUGAAGAUGUCGGGAGAAGCAAUGACAGAAUAAUACAUAAUUCAAUAGCUUCCUGAAUUUUACUAUUUUGCCAAGACUAUCAAAGAUUGUAAAUUCACAAAUAUGUACGUACUUUGGUUUUGUCUGAAACAGCAUCAGUACUUUGGGAGUAUUUGGUUGCAAAUGUCUUUCUGGUUUCCCGUUACUUUGAUAGGUUUCUGGAUGUAACUUUUUUCUCAUAUGGCUGUUCUGUCUUUAAGUACUUAUGCACCACGGAUAUUUGGAUAUUUUCAAUCCCUAUAAACAAAAAUUACU